UACCAUCUGAAAAUCUUGCAAUAUUAGCCGUUUAUGGCCUCUCUCUGGAUAUUUAGCAGAAGAAGCCAUUUGCCAUAUCUGUUCCUUUAAGAGAAACAAUCAAACGGCAAGAACAGGCACAGAUUCGCUAGCCCAGAACGAAUCACGAUUAAUGGAAUAUUUGAUUCGGUGUGGGAGAGUGCAGCAUAGACAACUUUACUGGUUGGCAGUAGUGAUCCUACGUGGAUGAUACGUGUAGCUCGCAUUGUCUGAUGAAUCCGACGGCUGUAUGAGUAGCGAACAUGGUGUGUGGGUGCAUUUUAAAUGCGAAAGCUUCGGAUUUUCCGUGUUUUGGGAGCCUGUGAGCAGAUGGAGGCUGCGGGUGUAAAUUAGAAUGUGAAUUGUUGAUGGUAGUUUAGAAGAAUUGAAGGUUGUUAUUAAGCUUAGUUUUCGAUGCUCUGCUGGUAUUUCAAUGGCCGUUUUUGUGGGGUUGGGGAGGUGCUGAAAGCGAGAGACGUUUUAAAUUAACCUCUGGGAUUUUCUGGGUUGUUGGGAUUUUUUAAUGGGUUUCUGUUUUUUUGGACGUGAUGGGUGAUAUUAAGAUCUGCGGAUGAGAAGUAAACAUAGUGUAUCUGUCUCCGUAAAGCAGAGUGUAAUUGAUUUAGGUUCAGGAAGAUUCGUGCUCAUUAAUGGGGUUUCUUUUUAAUUCAAAAGAUUUUUUCUAAUGAGUGGGAUCUGCAUCUGUUCUUGUAAAAAUCCAAGAUGAUUCACGGGUGUAACAGAGAGAGUGUUUCCUUUCCUUUCCUUCUCUCCCUUUGCGUGCUCUCUUGAGUGUCUUUGCUUGCAUUUUCCCCCCUCUUUCUCCUCUUUUUCCUCUCUUUGUAUGUGCUUUAUUUCACGAAGAACCUGAUUCUCUUAACACUUUUUUAUUUUUCUUCCACUCAAUCUAUUUGGUUUUCUUUUCUAGUUUUUGUCUCUGCUUUAUCCCUUCACCUUCACCUCUUUACUGGAGAGAGAGAGAGAGAGAGAGAGAGAUCCUCCGUUAGCUUUCCACUCUCCAAACUCAGAGAGAGAUAUAGAGGGAGUAGCGGAGAGAUAUCAACCAACUAAAUUGAUUCUCUCUUGCUCUGAUAAGUGAUAACUAAUAAAUAAAUAAAACAAAAACUCUUCUCUAUUUAUAGUUCUUGAUGGGUUCAUCUUCAUCAAUCAAUAAACACCGGUUUCUCUAACUUUUCUGUGUUUCCUUCCAUUGAAGAAGCUGAAAUUUGGAGAGAGAGAGAGAGAGAGAAGAGAGAGAGAGAGAGAGAGAUCUGGGUUUGGCUUAUUUGGAUCGGUUCUGAGCCCGUCGAAGCCGUUUUCAACAGGCGCAUGUUGUUAGUUUGUGAUGAUUAAGAUGACAGAAACGGACAAGAGUCGAGAUGUGAGGCGUGGAGCGAGUCGGUCUCUAGAAAGAUUAAGCAAUCUGGAGACAGGCUUAUCUCUGGUUUGAACGGUGAGGUGGUGGUGGUGGUGACUUCGUAUCUUUGGAGAAAUCGAAUAAGGAGAGAAUUAAGAAAUUGAGUGCUGUUAAUAGAUUACAGAGCACCUUCGAGCAACAAGGAGAACUAUGAAAUGGGUUGCAACUUAGCUGAUAGAGAAGAGGCCCUUCCUUCCCAAGCUCCUUCUAUCAGUGGUAGUGGUGGUGCCAGUAAGAGAUUCAAGCUACCCAGAAAGGAAUUUUUUGAUGGCUGCAAUGGCGUUGAUCAUGUUUCUGUUCCUGUUUCUAUUCCGCGGAAGCUGCGGUCAGCAAUGAAGAAACGCAAUCUAGAAUCUUUAUCUCCACCUUUUCCAGAUUCAAAGAAGUUGAACCAUUCUACUGCUGGUGUUGAAUCACACAAAAGGGUCAGCGUAAAGAAACUGAAACAGAACCUGAAACAAGGGUCCCCAAACUGGUCCCUGAAGCAGAAUGUUGGUGGCCCAAUCACCAAAGAUGAGGAAGAAGUUGCAGAGACGUUAUAUGCUUUGGCAGGAAUGUUCCCCAACAUUGAACCUGAUGGUAACAACAAAUUGGAUACAAGUCCUUCAGCUUUGCCAGAGGCUGGUGAGAGAUGUCCAGCCAAAUUAGAAGAUUCCGUAAGUAUAACAGAAGACUUGAAGGAAAUUUGCCGAUCAAGAUCAGAUGAGGCUGUUAAUCCUGCUUCUGACAUAGAAAGAUCACCUAAAGAAACUGCUAAAGUUUAUUCAUUGAAUGGAACAAGCAUUCAAGAACCAUCUGAUUUGCCCAGCAGUGAGAAACAUCAUGGAGAAUUGGACAGUUCUGUUGCUCAAGUGAAUCUGCAUAAGGUGUUGGUUAAACACGAGGAACAAAAGACACCAUGUAACUUGGUUAACUUUAGCUUUCCACCUGGGCCACACAAGGAUACUGGUAACUUAAAGCAGCCUGCAAAACUAGAAAUUUCCCUUCUUGACAGGAAGACAGAGUUGGCAUUAGUGCAGACUACAGCAAUUGGAAGUCAACUGGAUCAACAACAUGCUAUUGGCGCAUCCAAAAACAACGGUCCAGUGUUGUGGCCAGGAUUGUCUUCAACAGUGUCAAGUAGUGCUUGUCAUGGUCCUUUAUCCCAGUCCUGUGCUGCCAAAAUACCUGCUUGGCUUGGUACCCGACCCGUUUCAUUCCAAAAUGGUUCAACUGGAAAGGUUUCUAAAGUUUCCACUGCUAGAAGGUCAUGGAAGAGGUGUGCAGCUCAUGUGUACAUAGGCCAUCUCAUUCGGGCUUUACAAAUGCCUGAGAGCAAAGAAAGCUUGCCAAGGCCACCGAAUCAAUUGAGACCGUAUGAAAUAUUGAAGCAAGGUGUACUUAUGACAAUAAGUGACUUCAAUGGCAUCAGUCAUGAUUUGAACAGAGUUGCAUCUGCUGGCACAGUAGUUAAUGCAGCUGAAAAGAAUUCAAAUGACAUUAAAAGUGAUAUUUUUCAACACCGAAGGCCACAACAUGAUCAUUCUCAGUCUGCUCUGGCAUCUGGUGUAUACACCUGUCAGAAACAGGAUUUCAAUUUCUUGUCUCUAUUAGCUGGAGGUGUUGUGACGGAACCUAAUAACAAUUUUAAUGGAGCUGGAAAUGGUUUGGAACCAUUUGCACAACUGCAAGCUCCUUACCAUGCGCAACAUCCCACACUCAUGCCUUUCUCCACGUCACAAACAAGCUAUACACGUGCUUACCCUGAUCAGCCUUCAGCAGCAGCAGCACAGCAGGCCCAACUUCAGUUGCCUGCUCAUCUCACCAGCCCAUAUUGCAUUCCCCAUGCAAGUUCUAAGGCCUUGACAAAGCAGCCACAGCAUCAGCAGCAGCAGCAGCUUUGGGCCGCUCAGUUGGCAGCUCAAUACAGGAAUACUGCAACUUCAACAGCCAUGACUCAGUUUCCAAGCUGGCUAAAUGGGAGGCAAGAAUCGCCUGGGCUAAUGCCCUGUAUUCCUUCUUUGCCUUCAAGUUCAACACUGGAAGUACUAGGCCCCAAGUAUCCUCACAUCUCUCAGCAGCAGCAGUUCAUGGCCAUGACUUUGCCGCAUGCAAGGAUGAAGAGGCAAGAUCACCAAAUUCCUUCUGUUUAUGAAGAAAAUGGAGUUGGGUUUCGAGCUGGUGGUGGCGCAUUGCCAUUGCAAUUACUCUGCAAUGAGCAACUGUGAAAGGAAUGGAGUAAAGAGCUGUUACAAUCAGACGAUGGACACAGACAGUAACGUUAUUUUAUUCUUUACUCUGUUAAAGCUUGUGACUCAUUGCUCCAUUUGGGCAUGGUCAAAAGGUAAAUAACGAUCUAAGGUGUAGCUGGUGCAUCAAAAUAACAUGGGAAGAAGUGGAGCCUGGGAAAUCAGAUGCCUCUCAGCGCAUUAAAAUAUAUCAGCCGACAGAGAUGGUUUGCAGAGAGAAUUUUGUGGCAUCCUCAUAUUUAGCUCAUUUUAAGUCGGUCUUGCCAAUUUACACAGAAAAUAGAAAGUAACUUGCUUAUGCCCA